AUGGCUGUCAUGUUUCUGUCGAAAUCUUACAAUGUAAACAAUCUGACAGAGGAUCUGAAAGCUCUCUAUCGAACAGCCGGGCAACGCGGCGCCGGUGUGACAUUCCUAUUCACAGACAACGAGAUCAAAGAUGAAGCAUUUUUGGAAUAUUUGAACAAUAUGCUCAGCUCCGGUGAGAUAGCCAAUCUGUUUGCUCGAGAUGAGAUGGACGAGAUUUUGCAAGAGUUGGCCAGUCCUAUGAAGAAGGAAUUUCCACGCCGACCCAUUACAAACGAAACUCUCAGUGAAUACUAUAUGAGUCGUGUAAUCAAGAAUUUGCAUGUGGUGUUAUGCUUUUCUCCGGUCGGACAGAAGUUCCGCAAUCGUAGUUUGAAAUUCCCAGGGCUGAUUUCCGGAUGUACAAUGGAUUGGUUCCAACGAUGGCCAAAGGAUGCACUGAUUGCGGUAUCUAACCAUUUCCUCUCCAAGUUUGAUAUAGUGUGUACACCUAAAGUGAAGGAAGCUGUAGUGCGAACCAUGGGUGUAUUUCAAGACUUGGUUGCUGAAUCGUGCCUGGAUUAUUUCCAACGUUUCCGUCGUCAGACACACGUGACACCAAAAUCAUAUCUCUCGUUCAUCGGAGGUUACAUGGAAAUUUAUUCAUCCAAGCGCAAAGAGAUUGGUUUACUGGCUGAACGUAUGAACACUGGGUUGAAAAAAUUGGUCGAAGCGGCUGAAUCGGUAAACGAGCUGUCCAAAGAGCUGGUUGAAAAAGAAAAAGAAUUAGCCGUUGCAAACAAGAAAUCGGAAGAGGUACUGGCCCAGGUCACCAUACAGGCGACUGCGGCUCAAAAGGUCAAAGCUCAGGUGCAGGUGGUGAAAGACAAGGCGCAAGUUCUUGUCGAUCAAAUCAGUGUGGAUAAAGCGAAUGCGGAAGAAAAGCUGGAGGCAGCCAAACCAGCUCUGCAGGAAGCCGAGGCGGCACUGGAAACGAUUAAACCGACACAUAUAUCAACCGCGGAUCCCGAACGUCCCUGCCCAAAACCCUCAUGGGGUGAAGCGCUCAAAUUGAUGGGUGGGGCCAAUUUUCUCAGUGGAUUACUCAACUUUCCAAAGGAUCUUAUAAACGCGGAAACGGUGGAGCUGAUGGAGCCCUAUUUCGAGAUGGACGAUUUCAAUAUGGAACAAGCCAAACGGGUCUGUGGUGAUGUUGCCGGGUUAUGCUCUUGGACCAAAGCUAUGUCUUCAUUUUAUGCGGUUAACAAGGAAGUGCUUCCAUUGAAAGUUUUACCACGAAUUGAGUGA